GCCGAAUCCCAGACGUCGCUGCCGAGAUGACCGACGCUGCUCCGUAUCCGCCUGCCGUUCCCGCUUCUGCGCAAGGUGGAUACGAAUACGACGAUCAAGACGUGGAAGAUUACGCAGGUCACCACGGACAUGCACAGCAGCCCCAGGAUGCAGUCAAGUUGUUUGUGGGACAAGUACCGCGCACCAUGGACGAAGACGAGCUGCGGCCCAUCCUGGAAAACUUUGGUCCGUUGUACGACAUUGUGAUCAUCCGGGACAAAAUCAGUGGCGCGCACCGUGGAUGUGCAUUCGUGACGUAUUGUACCCGCGACGCCGCCGAGGCCGCGAUCGACACCCUCCACAACCAAGUAACGCUGCCCAUGUCCCCGAACCCGUUGCAAGUGCGUCCUGCUGAGGGUCAAGCGGGUGCGUCCCAAGAGCACAAGCUGUUUAUCGGCAUGAUCCCCAAGCACGCAGACGAAGCAGACAUCCGCGGCGUGUUUGACGUACACGGCGAAAUCGAAGAGAUUUACAUCUUGCGACACCCAGGAACUGGUCAAAGCAAAGGAUGCGCCUUUCUCAAGUUCAAGGACCGCCAUGCCGCGUCUGCUGCCAUCGACACCAUCAACGGUGCCAUCACGAUGGAUCGAGGGACCGCACCCCUUGUCGUGAAGUUUGCCGACAGCCGCCGCCAACGCAUCCAACGCGCGCGCAACCAGGCGGCGACGUCCGCGGCUGCAUAUUGGCAGAUGCCCCCCGGCGCCGCCAUUCCCUUCCCGCAACUGCAGCAAAUCCAACAGCAAUACAUGCAGCAAAUGCAAGCGUUUGGGGCCCAAGCCGUUGCCCUCGGUGGUCUGCCCACGCCGCCCCAGCCGCCCCUGACAACCACGAAUCCUGCGGCAUUUAUGUACUACAAUCCGUACGCGAUGCCGCCGCCCGGAGGGGGAGGGUACCCCCCUCAAUCGUUCCCCACUGUCCCCAUCGGUGGGGGCUUUCCAUUGGAUUCGCCAGCGUCGGCUGGUACAUGUGCUUCUGAUUCCAAUCGAUUAUGUGUUCUGAUUCGAUUCUGAGUCUGAUUCGUCGUCAUCUAGACGGGGCACGCGCGUCGGCGCAAGUGGAAGGCCCGGUGGGGGCCAACUUGUUCAUUUACCAUUUGCCCCAUGACUUGACAGACGCCGACCUGGCGACCGCAUUUGCGCCGUUCGGCACUGUCAUCAGUGCCAAAGUGUACAUGGACAAGAACACGGGCGAGAGCAAGGGCUUUGGGUUUGUGAGCUACGACUCGGCGCAGGCGGCGGACGCGGCGAUCGCGAGCAUGAACGGGUUCCAGAUUGGGUCCAAGCGACUGAAGGUGCAGCACAAGCGGGUGCACCACCGUGGACUCGGCGACGACUACCUCGACCACAUGGACUCGGCCGGCGGCAGCGACGAGUUAGGACUAGAGCACUCGGUGCAGGCGCUGCACUUAGACAACCCAUAGACGACCCCUCCCUCCGACAUCAAGUUGUUACGCAUGUGUGGAUGUGGCGACGUGUAGUAGAACGUAGUGCAGUGGUGGAGAAGUGUGUAGGGUGUGUUAACACAUAUGUUAUGACCAUUUCGCGAGACACCCGAACACGGCAUACCCAAACAAGAGCAGCAGCGUCUUGGUCGGGUCGCUCCGGCCAUGGCCAAACUCCAACGGAAUGAUCUCCAUCACCGCCACGUAGAUGAACGUGCCGGACGCGAGCGCGAGGCAGAUACCCGCCGCCGCCGACUACACAACAUGACACAAAUAUGGAAAAUGACGAUACUGCAACGGUCCAGUGGAAGCCAGACACAAAAAAGAACAAAAAAAAAAGAACGUUUCGAACCAAGCAUGAUACAAAAAACGCUUUUUGUUGGGGAUUAAAAGAACAAAAAGACAAUAAGAACGGAAUGAAGAAUGCGGAUUAAAAGAACUAGUACGUAUUAAAAGAACCGAACGAAUCUGGUAGGGGGCGGCAACUACCUCUUCGGACGAUUCAGACUCGGCGAUGCACCAUCCGACGACAAUCCCAAGGAUGCUCAUCAUGGAGAAGAGGAACAUGUACGCGAUGAACUUGCCCUUGUGCACCUGACUCUUGAGCAUGCCGCUGCCGAGGGCGAAUGCCGCCAAUCCCUUGUGGAGGAUGAUCGCCAAGAACACGCCCCACGCAGAUGUGGAUUGCGCGCCAAUGCCGAGUCCUUCCAGCACCGAAUGGAAAGAAAGCGCGACAAACAGAACGAACGCGACCGCUCCAGAUGCGUUCCUGGAAGCGCAUAUGAGAAUCCCUCAAAGUAGAUACUGGGAUGGAGUACUUGUCAAAGGCAAGGUGAUCGUCGUCGUCGUGCGACUUCUUGCGCUUCUUUGGUGGCAACGUGGCGCCUUCUACUUGUUCCAAGAAGGGGGCGCUGUCGAUGCUGUGGUCAUCUUCCGAUUGAUGGGGUUCAUGAGGAUGGUGGUGGGACGUUGACGAGCUGCCCGUAGGCGACGACGCGGCCGAUUGGAACGAAUGCGCGACCUGCUCGACCACCAACACGCCAAGAAAGCCGAUGGUGCAGAACAUUUCUGCAUAUGGAAAUGCGUAGAUGCCUUCGUCCACCGUGGACCACUUGGCCAACCCUGGGUUCUCCAUCGCCGCGUGCAGCAAAUGCAUGAACCCGCCGGCAAGGAACACGCCGCCGCUCACGCAGUUCAGUCGACUCAUAAGCUUCCGAUUCUGCUGGCGGAUGAAAAAGGGCAGGAUGCCACCCCCAAACCCCACGAUCCAUAUGCUCAAUAGAGACACAAGCUUGAAUACGGUAACGCCGUCCACCGCCAUCGUUCGACGUAGGAAAGGGACGAAUGACGGAU